AUGCGUCUGUCGCGUGUUUUUCGUCAUCUGUGUGUACCAGAGGUUGCGAGGCUUCGCGCCCUGGUACGUGAUGGCGGUGGCGACGCGCAGACCUUGUAUGCGUUGUUCCAGAAGCACAAUGAGCAACUGUCGCCGACCGAAAACCUGCUAGCCGCAGUACACAUUGAGAAGCUAUCUGCUGGGCAAGACGGCAGCGAGGAAGUAGCUUCCCGGAUGGCCAAUGUGCGGGCAACGGCUUUGGCCAACAUACGUGGAAAGUUGUAUGCUUUCACCGACCCCGGAGACCUGUGCAACCUGAUUCGAGCGGCUUUGGCGCAUGGUGUGGCCUCCAGGGGGCUUAUAUAUGAUUUUUACGGGCGGCUUGAGAGGCUGCUACCGCAUGUACGCGGGGAGGCACUCACCCAGGCCUGCCAUACGCUAGUGGAACUGCACAAGGCCGGACACCGAGUAGUGCCUAUUUGCUCCAAAAUAUUCGCGUAUAUUGCAGCCCGCGGCUCCGAGAGCGAAUUGACCCUCCCCAACAGUGUAGCGCUUGUGCACUGCAUGGCAGAGACCGACAUGCGUCACGAGGCGCUCGGUUCCCGUGUUGGCAGAAGUCUUCGGCUAUUGCUGACCCGGGGUGGGAAAAUCACUACGGAAGAGGCGUCCGCUCUCCUUCAAGCCUAUAAGGAAGAUAUGUUCGACAGUGUGUUCAUACGCCGUAGGUUGAUGGAGGCCGCACUCACGGGAGAUGCUAUACCUAUGCAAGUGCUCGUCAACUGCUUGUCCACGGGCGUGUUUUCUUCCAGCAAUGCCAACCGGAUAGAUGACCUUGUACUAACUGGUUUGUCUACCUGCGAUGUGAAGACAAUAAUACGACUACUGCUUGGAUAUGGGAACCUCAGGUACAGGCCGGCAAAGGUUAUAUCCGAGCUCACACGCACACUGGAAUCGGUAAUGUUUAACUUGGACUCUUUCGAUGACGUGGCGCGUUGCAUUCACAGCCUAUUCUUACUGGACGAACAUAAUCCGGUCGUCAUGGAGUUUGCGACCAACUUCAUCAAGGGAUUAGAUGUUCCGUUGGGAGUGGAAAAUAUAGAAUGCAUAUGUGAUGCUCUUUUGGCAUUCUGUCACUUUAAUAUGAAUGAUCCGGAAGUGUAUCAGAGGCUUUUAAGAGAGGUAAUGCGAUUAGAUUGCUCCAUACCCUCAGCUUGUCUUGUUCGGCUGCAGUUGGUCGCCCUGUACAUAUGGAAACUGACGCCCCAGAUUUUUGACUCAUUGGGCGAGACGUCCCAGCAAUAUCUGCUGGAGGUUGCCCACAGAGUAACUAUGGAACCAGAAACAGUGCGGAAGUGUGACCUACAGGAAUCCGUGGGGAAGACGGCAACUUUCGUAUCGCAUGUUCUGUACAAGCAGGUAGAGUUUGAUUACAUACAGCCAUCAAAAAGACGCAGGUUCAGGUUGGUCCGUAUCUCGUCGAUUUCGUGCGCGCGAUCGGUCAAGAGGAACUGGCGGAGGCCAGGCAACGGGAUCCCCGAAGACUGCGCACACGUGGACCAGGGGAAGAACGCUUGCUUGGUAGGCUGCAACUACUUGAGACCAUUAGCGAGCAUUAUACUUGCCGACGAUAUCGUACAAUUUUACAGACACAGUCGCGAACGCACUGCAAAGUCUCAGAUACAGCUGGGUCUGCUGCAGCGGCUCGGGUUCAGGUGCAUUUGCGUACCUUACUGGAAAUGGGAAGAACUUGGCGGUUGGCAUCAAAAGCGGGAAUAUUUAUCAGAGCUGUUUGUUGAGCAUAAGUCAACAUAA